GGCGCCUUUUCCUGAGUGCCCGCCACCAAACCUUGCUGCUUCUUGGCGGGAAAAUUUCAAAUCCCAUCGUCUAAAUUCUUCUUUUUUAGAGGGAAAAACCAGAAGCCCAGUAGACCCUUUCAAUUUUUAAGUAAAGAUUUCAAAUUUAAAAAGCCGGUUUCUUGUUUUUGCCACUAUAUAUAUGUAUGCCAUCUUCUAUCGUCAUUUUGCUCUGUAGCCUCUAAGCCGUUUGACGAAAUUCCCCAGAGAAAAGGCAGUUAUCCGUUUUGCUAAUUUUGAGAAGAGAUGUAUGUGGUGAAGAGAGACGGGAGGCAAGAAGCUGUGCAUUUUGACAAGAUUACUGCCCGGUUGAAGAAGUUGAGUUAUGGGCUCAGCAGCGACCACUGCGACCCGGUUUUGGUUUCCCAGAAGGUCUGCGCCGGCGUCUACAAGGGGGUUACUACCAGUCAGCUUGAUGAGUUGGCUGCUGAGACCGCCGCGGCCAUGACUGCUAACCACCCUGAUUAUGCUUCAUUGGCUGCAAGAAUUGCUGUUUCAAAUCUGCACAAAAACACCAAGAAAUCAUUUUCUGAGACGGUCAAGGACAUGUAUGGCCAUGUCAGUGAAAGAUCAGGCCUUAAAGCUCCUUUGAUUGCUGAUGAUGUUUAUGAGAUAAUCAUGAAGAAUGCUGCUCGUCUGGACAGUGAGAUCAUUUAUGACCGAGACUUUGACUAUGAUUACUUUGGCUUCAAAACACUUGAGCGGUCUUACCUCUUAAAAGUCCAAGGAAAGGUUGUUGAAAGGCCACAGCAUAUGUUGAUGAGGGUAGCUGUUGGAAUCCACAAGGAUGAUAUUGAUUCUGCUUUAAGAACUUAUCACCUGAUGUCUCAGCGAUGGUUUACUCAUGCUUCUCCUACCCUUUUUAAUGCUGGAACUCCAAGGCCACAAUUGAGUAGCUGCUUCCUGUUGUGCAUGAAAGAGGAUAGUAUUGAGGGCAUUUAUGAUACCCUCAAGGAAUGUGCUGUUAUCAGCAAAUCAGCUGGGGGCAUUGGUGUAUCUGUUCAUAACAUCCGUGCCACAGGAAGUUAUAUUCGUGGAACAAAUGGAACAUCCAAUGGUAUUGUUCCAAUGCUGCGAGUAUUCAAUGAUACUGCUCGUUAUGUUGAUCAAGGCGGUGGCAAGAGGAAGGGUGCUUUUGCUGUAUAUCUGGAGCCAUGGCAUGCUGAUAUCUUUGAAUUUUUGGAUUUAAGGAAAAACCAUGGGAAGGAAGAGCACCGGGCUCGAGAUCUGUUUUUUGCUCUCUGGGUGCCUGAUCUCUUUAUGGAAAGAGUACAGAAGAAUGAAAAAUGGUCCUUGUUUUGCCCAAAUGAGGCCCCUGGGUUGGCUGAUUGCUGGGCCGAAGAAUUUGAAAGGCUCUACACUCAAUAUGAAAAACAGGGUAAGGCAAAAAAAGUUGUUCAGGCACAGAAUCUCUGGUUUGAAAUCCUGAAAUCCCAGAUUGAAACUGGAACACCUUACAUGCUGUACAAGGAUACUUGCAAUAGAAAAAGCAACCAGCAGAACCUGGGGACAAUUAAAUCUUCUAACUUGUGUACCGAGAUCAUUGAAUACACAAGUCCUACAGAAACUGCUGUGUGCAAUUUGGCUUCAAUUGCUCUGCCACGAUAUGUUAGAGAAAAGGGAUUCACAUCUGAAUCACAACCAUCCAAACUUGUUGGCAGCAGAGGUUCUGCAAAUCGAUUCUUUGACUUUGACAAGCUAGCAGAGGUUACUGCAAUAGUUACUUCAAAUCUGAACAAAAUAAUUGACAUCAAUUACUACCCUGUUGAUACUGCAAAGCGAUCCAACUUUCGACACAGGCCCAUUGGCAUUGGAGUCCAGGGCCUUGCUGACACUUUCAUAUUGCUUGGCAUGGCCUUUGACUCGCUUGAGGCUCAACAGCUGAACAAGGACAUAUUUGAGACCAUAUACUAUCAUGCAUUAAAAUCUUCUUCUGAAUUAGCUGCUAAAGAUGGCCCAUAUGAAACUUAUGAUGGAAGUCCUGUGAGCAAGGGAAUUCUUCAGCCAGACAUGUGGGGAGUAACACCUUCAAGUAGGUGGGAUUGGGAUGCUCUACGGGCAAUGAUUGCAACAAAUGGAGUACGAAAUUCACUUCUUAUAGCACCAAUGCCAACUGCUUCUACUAGUCAGAUUCUUGGAAAUAAUGAGUGCUUUGAGCCAUAUACAUCCAACAUCUAUAGUCGCAGGGUUCUAAGUGGGGAGUUUGUUGUGGUGAAUAAGCAUCUGCUUCAUGACUUAACUGAGAUGGGUCUUUGGACUCCAGCACUUAAGAAUAGGAUAAUCUAUGAGGAUGGCUCUGUACAGAAAAUCCCUGAAAUUCCUGAAGAUCUUAAAGCCAUAUACAAGACUGUUUGGGAGAUCAAACAGCGGACAUUGGUUGAUAUGGCUGUAGAUCGUGGAUGCUACAUAGACCAAAGUCAAAGUCUUAACAUUCAUAUGGACCAACCCAACUUUGGGAAGCUUACGUCGCUUCAUUUUCAUGCUUGGUCAAAGGGCUUAAAAACAGGGAUGUAUUAUCUGCGCUCACGAGCUGCAGCGGAUGCCAUCAAAUUCACAGUAGACACUGCAAUGCUUAAGGACAAACCAAAGACAACUGCUGAUGAUGAUAGUAAAAUGGCCCAGAUGGUGUGCUCCCUAGCAAACAGGGAAGAGUGCAUGGCUUGUGGAAGUUAAAACCACUAACAGAUUAGAAUUUGGCCUAGAGUCAUGUUUUGUUAACAGACUGGCAAUGGCACACUCGGGUGCAGAAAACUAGAAUCAAUGGUGUUUUGGGAUGUGGUUCAAGAGUGUAGUUAGUGUGCUACUUGUAACUUUUAACCCAUUUGUAUAGAGUUAAUUCUUAAUAUAUAUCUAUAUGGCUACAUUUUGAAAAUUGUACUUGUACUGGGUUUUGAUGGAUUGUGAUUGCUGGCUCCUCAAAAGCUAAAGUUAAGAAAUGAAAAUUGCUUGAUUCUAGUAA